AUACUUCAUAGUUCAGUCUUCAGGCAGAGUCGAGUUAAAGACUUAAAAGGUGCGUUGGUUUCGCAUCCUGGUUCGAAACCCCCCUUUUCGUUCCAUCAUUCACAGGUCUUCUAGAUGGCGAUUUAAAAACCAAAUUUAAACGCCAAACAGAGUUCUGAAGAAAAAAACAUGGCUGAAAAUCUUCAAAAUCAGCUCAAGGAAGUUGGAUCCAAGCUCGAGAACCCACCCGCUAGUAAAGAUGAUCUUAUCAAACUUCUUUCGCAAGCCACAGAAUCUCUCUCUGAGUUGGAUCAAUCACCACCAAAAGCAUUAUUGGACUCUAUGCAGCCUCUUCUGAAUGCUAUAGUCAAGCCAGAAUUGCUAAAGCAUGAAGACAAAGAAGUUUCACUUCUAGUUGCAAUUUGUACUUGUGAGAUUACCAGAAUUACAGCUCCUGAAGCACCAUAUGAUGAUGAUGUUUUAAAGGACAUCUUUCAUUUGUAUGUAAGCACCUUCAAUGGGUUAAGAGAUACCAAAGAUCCAUCUUUUGAGAGAAGAGUAAUUGUGUUGGACACUGUUGCUAAGUAUAGAUCAUUUGUUGUGAUGUUGGAUCUUGAAUGUGAUGAUUUAAUCAACGAAAUGUUCAAAACAUUUUUCACUGUUGCCAGAGAUGAGCAUCAUGAAACUGUUAUCACAGCAAUGGAAACAAUCAUGGCUGUUCUUUUGGAAGAAAGUGAGGAAAUUGAGGAGGAUCUUUUAUCCAUUAUUCUAUCUACUUUAGGCCGUGAUAAGAAAGAUAUAACUGCAGCUGCAAGGAUGCUUGCCAUGAAUGUUAUAAAGCAAAGUGCUGGAAUACUUGAACCUGGAAUUAAGAAGUUUAUUUUAUCAUCAAUGUCAGGAGAUAACAGUUCUUCGAAUCCUCAAAUUGAUUACCAUGAAGUUAUCUAUGAUAUUUACCGUUGUGCCCCUCAGGUCUUAUCAAAAAUUGUCCCAAACCUUAAAAGAGAGCUACUGACAGAUAAAAUAGACCUUCGUUUAAAGGCAGUCAAACUGGUGGGAGACCUUUUUUCUAUCAAAGGAUCUUCCAUCCCUCAGACAUUUCAUCCAAUCUUUUUGGAGUUUUUGAAGAAAUUUAAUGAUAAAGUUGUUCAAGUCCGGAUGUCAGUUGUUGAAUAUGCCAAGCUAUGUUUAUUAUCUGAUCCUUUAAGAACAGAAGCUCCUCAAUUACUUGCUUCCCUAAGUGACAAGUUGUCAGAUGAUGAUGAAAGUAUACGCAAACAAGUGGUUGCAGUAAUUUCAGAUGUAGCAUCUCUGGAUUUAUCAUCCAUUUCACCUGAAACCAUAAAGCUUCUAGCUGAGCACCUUGAGGACAAAUCUGUUCUUGUGAAAAACUAUACCCUAGAGAGGCUUUCAGAUAUAUAUAGAACUUGGUGCUUGAAGAAAAUUGGUGGUUUGAAUGUGAAUCAUGACUAUGAUUGGAUUCCUGGAAGAAUUUUAAGAAGUUUCUUUGACAAAGAUUUCGGACCAAACACAAUUGAGCACAUUCUAUCCUCAUCCCUCUUCCCAGUUGAGCUUUCGGUCAAAGAUAAGGUCAAAAACUGGGUCAAACUAUUUUCAAAAUUUGAUAAAGUUGAGGUGAAUGCUUUAGAGAUGAUACUGGAGGAAAGACAAAGGUUACAACUAGAGUUGCGAAAGUAUCUUUCAAUUAGGGAGACAUAUAAGGACAGUGAUGCUUCAGAGCUCCAGAAGAAAACCACAGUUUGUAUCCGCUUCAUGUCCCACUGUUUAGCUGAUCCCAUAAAAGCAGAAGCAGAUUUUCAGAUUCUUAAUCAGUUAAAAGAUGAUAACAUAUGGAAGAUCUUGACAACAUUAGUGGACCCCAACACUAGUUCUCUUCAAAGUAGGAGCCUUAGGGAUGAGUUGUUAAAGAUAAUUGAUGAGAAGCAUCCACUUUAUGAACUUCUAAGCACUCUUUUUAUCAAAAGCUCAUACAUAAUCUUUGACAAGGACUUUGUCAAAAAUCUUCUUCUAGAGACUGAACAACAGAAAUCUGAUGGGAACAAAUUGUUAAUUCAGUCUUGCAUGAAUCUACUUGUGAUCCUUUCAAGCUUCAGUCCUUUGCUGCUAAGUGGGAUAGAAGAAGAUUUGGUGCAUCUUCUAGAAGAUUAUGAUGAUGAGGCAAUCAAAGAUGGUGUUUUGCAUGUUCUUGCAAAGACUGGUGAAACAAUUCGUGAACAAUUGGGAGAUUCAUCGAGUAGAUUAGACCUUAUACUUGAAAGAAUAUGUUUAGAAGGUAGUAGGAAGCAGGCCAAGUAUGCUGUACAUGCAUUGGUGGCUAUAACAAAAGAUGAUGUGGUCAAGUCACUUUCGGUUCUAUAUAAGCGACUAGUGAAUGGGCUAGAGAAAAGGACGAAUUUGCCCUCUGUGCUACAGUCUUUGGGGUGUAUAGCACAGAUUGCCAUGCCGGUUUUUGAAACGCAAGAGAGUAAAAUCGAAGAAUUUAUUAGAAAAAAUAUCUUAAGUUGCAAUCAUAAACCAGUAAAUAAGGCGAAAAAAUCUUGGGAUAACAAAAGCGGACUUUGUUCAUUAAAGAUAUUUGGCAUUAAAACGCUGGUGAAAAGCUAUCUUCCUGUGAAAGAUGCACAUCUUCGUGUUGGUAUUGAUGAACUGUUAAAAGAUCUCCAUAAUAUACUUUCUUUUGGAGAAAUCUCAAAAGAUGUGGAAUCAAGUUCUGUUGAUAAGGCCCAUUUGAAGCUAGCUUCAGCUAAGGCAAUUAUUCGUCUGUCAAAACAUUGGGAUAAAAAGAUUCCAGUUGAUCUAUUUCACCUCACCUUGAGAACAUCAGAGGCUAGAUUUCCUCAAGUUAGGAAACUAUUUCUCAAAAAAGUACAUCAGUACAUAAAGAAUAGGAGUUUGGAUCCCAAAUAUGUUUGUGCUUUCUUGUUAGAUUUCAGAUCACAGAAACCUAUUCGGGAAGAGGAAAAUCAAAGUCUUAGUGAAAUCCUUGAGAUGUGUGAGCAAUGGAAGAAGGCCAAUGGGAAUUCCUCAGUGUACAUUCUUCCCUACUUGAUCCAUGCACUUGCUCAUCAUCCUUCAUGUCCAAACAUUGAUGAAUGCAAAGAUGUCAAAGCAUAUGAACCUAUAUUCAGGAAGUUGUAUAUAUAUUUUUCUAAAUUAGCAGCAGGAAAUGAAGAUGGCAAGCCUGGAGUAGGGCUAAAACAGGAAGAUGUAAUUUCGAUAAUUUCUGUUCUUCGAACUAUCAAGUUCUCAAAAGAUGCUGUAGAUACAAACAUGUCAAAGAACUCGUAUGCAAUCUGUGAUCUUUGCUUGAUAAUCAUCAAACGGUUGGCUCAAAAACAUGAAGAUCUUUAUGAAUCGGUUGUGCCUCUUACUUUGCCUGAUGAGUUGUAUACACCACACAAGAAAAAGGAAGAGGAAAAAGAAUACGAGAACAAAGAAGAUGAGAUAGAAGAGGUUAACAAAGAAGAUGAGACGAUAGAAGAAAUUAACAAAGCUGAGAAAAAAGAAGAUGAGAAGAUUGAAGAAAAUAACAAAGAUGAGAAAAAGGAAGAAGAAGUUAACAAAGAAGAUGAGAAGAUGGAAGAAGAGAACAAAGAUGAGAAAGAAGAAGAAGUUAACCUAGAAGAAGAGAAAAAAGAAGAUGAGAAGAUGGAAGAAGAUAGCAAAGAUGAGAAAAAAGAAGAAGCAAUUAACAAAGAAGAUGAGAAGAUGGAAGAAGAUAAUAAAGAUGAGACAAAAGAAGAGGUAAGUAACAAAGAAGAAGAGAAUAAAGAUGAGAAGAUGGAAGUAGAUAACAAAGAGCAGAAAAAAGAAGAAAUUAACAAAGAAGAUGAAAAAAAAGAGGAAACUAGCAAAGAAGAUGAGAAGAUGGAAGAAGAUAACAAAGAUGAGAAGAUGGAAGAAGGUAGCAAACAUGAAACAAAAGAAGAAGCAAUUAACAAAGAAGAUGAGAAAAUGGAAGAAGAUAGCAAAGAUGAGAAAAAAGAAGAAGUAAUUAACAAAGAAGAGAAAAAAGAAGACGAGAAGAUGGAAGAAGGUAGCAAACAUGAGACAAAAGAAGAAGCAAUUAACAAAGAAGAUGAGAAGAUGGAAGAAGAUAACAAAGAUGAGAAAAAGGAAGAAGAAAUUAACAAAGAAGAUGAGAAGAUGGAAGAAGAUGAUAAAGGUGAGAAAAAAGUAGAAAACAUUAACAAAGAAGAUCAGAAGAUAGAAGAAGAUAAAAAAGAUGAGAACAAAGAACAUAAGAAAAUAGAAGACGAGAAGAAAGAAGAUAAGACAAAAGAAGAUGAGAAGAUAGAAGAAGAUAAUAAAGAUGAGAAAAAAGAAGAUGAGAACAAAGAUGACGAGAAAAAAGAAGAGGUUAGCACAGAGGUGACAGAAGGUCGGACAUGGUUGGCUGAUGAGAGUGUUUUUGCACACUUUGAGUCCUUUAUCUUGGAAGCUAAUGGCAAUAUUUCAUCAAAAGUCAAUGAGGAUGAUAUCAUGAAGGAUAGUGAAACAGAUGGAAACGAGAUUCCUUUAGGAAAAGUGUUGAAACGUUUAAAAGCCAAAGGAUCCAAGUCAAGAAAGGAAGUGAAAAACGGGUCCACACCCAAACCCAAGCCCAAACCCACUGUUGAAACUGAAAAUAAUAAUGUUGAUAUCAUGGGAAUGUUGAGAGAAAUAAAUUCAGAUAAUUUGGGUGUAUCUGUAUCAACAACAAAAUUUGAUUCAAGCAAUGGCCAUGGUGAAAUUAAAACAGAAGCAGAUUUAAAAAGGAAAGGAAUCCCUGAGGAUCUAACCAAUGUCCCUGUACCCAAGCGUAGGAGGUCAACAACUUCUGCAAAAGGGCAUAAAAGGUCAUCUUUUAUAACCAGUGGAAUGAAGGGUGGGCCCACUUUCAGUAAUAAAAUGGAUGAUGGUGAUGGUGAUGAUGAUGAAGAUGAUGAUGGACACAGUGAUUCAGACGAUAAAGUUAGUUUGGAUAGAGGUGUUAUACAUAAAGAAGAGGCCAUGAUUACUGAUGAAGUUGAUUUGGAGAAGCCUAAAACGCCUGUGGAUAUUCAGAAAUCUGGGAAUCUCAGGAAGCGAAAACGAAGAAGGGUUUCACGAUUAGUAAAGUGCACUGCGGAUGCAACCGAAUUUAAAACCAAAGACUUAAUUGGAAGACGCAUCAAAGUUUGGUGGCCUAUGGACAAGGAGUUUUAUGAGGGCUUAGUGAAGUCUUAUGAUCAUGAAAACAACAAACAUGUGGUAUUAUAUGAUGAUGGAGAUAUUGAAGUGCUAUGUUUGGAUAAGGAAAGGUGGAAACUUGUUAAGAGUGGGCACAAACUUGCAGAGAGGAAGCUCAUGACAUAUAGUCCACCCCCAAAAGAAGGAACUUCUAAGAAGCUUAAGUCAUCGGGUAGCUCCAAGCAAACAAAGGAAUCAACUGACAUAUCACCAUCAUCUAUGGUAAGAGGCAAAAGAACCCCAAGACAGAAUUUGAACCAAGGGCAAAAAGGGGUAUCACAAAGAAGUGCAUAUUUGGAAAUUCGCAGAAGCAAAGAUCCUGAUGCAUCCAUGCCUGAUAUCAUAUCAUCUAAAAUCGACAAUUUGGAUGCAGUUGAAGCAGGUGCAGAGAAUUCAGACAAGUUAGAAAAGUCAAGAUCCAAGGAGAACCAAACAACAGGAGAUGCAGAGAGCAGCUCAAACGAUUCCAUGUCUUCUCAUAAAAACGAACCUAGUUCUGUGCAGAAAGAAACCAAAAAUGACGAUUCUGCCCCUAGUGAGACACAUGGAUCAGAUUCAGAAGAAAGUGGCGAGUCAACAGAUGUACAAACACCAGAUGGAAAAGAAUCAUCAACUUAUGAUGAUUCUGACAUGGCAGGAUUCACAGAUGACGAACCUCUUGGUGUGUGGAAGGCUCGAGUUGGGAAAUCUGUUGAAGGCAAAUAAGUGGUGUAUCUUGUUCAGUUAGGGGAGAUGAGAAAACAAACAACUAUUUUACAUGAAAUGGUUACUACACCAAUAAUAUAAAAUGGGUACUCAAUGGUUACAUGUGAAAAGUGUGAUAUGUAGAACCUUUGAAACCAUGGUAGGUGUUGUGUUGAAAGUGUAUGUGUAGAAUGAAUGAAUGAUUAAUUGUGUUGAUUAUUAUUUGUAGGUUUUGUAAUUUUAAGUGCAACAGCAAUAGUUGACAAGUGAAAUGUAACUUGUAUUGUUUGAUUGUAGUUGGUAGAUUAAUUAGCUUAAUUGGUUAUGUUAUUAUGUACA